CACCUUCUUCUAGUCUGUCCCUCUCGCUAGCUCUAUCUCACACAGUAUCUCUGGAGCAAUGGAUCGGAAAUGCAUUAUUGCAUUCGUGUUGGCAUUGAUCUGCGUCGUUGCUAGCGCCGAUGGAGCCCAGUCACCUACUCCUGCGCCAAAGAAAGCUCCUUCCACUGCUACUACACCGACUAAAUCACCAGCCACAGCUCCGUCUAAACCACAAUCACCUGCUGAAGCACCUUCCAAACCUAAAUCCCCGGCACCGGUUACCGCUCCAAAGUCCGCUUCACCAGCUCCGGCUCCAUCGAAGAAACCGGCGGUGCCUUCGCCAGCGGCUACACCUCCUGUGUCAUCUCCUCCGGCUGCCGCUCCAGUGAGCUCCCCACCAGCUUCGGUUCCAGUCAGCUCUCCACCAUUGCCUGCACCGGAGAAAUCUCCUCCAUCAGUUGCACCAGCAACUGUUCCCUCCAGCGCUCCUCCAGCUCCGGUUUCUGCGCCGACUGCCGAGGUUCCAGCUCCGGCUCCGAGCAAGAAAAAGACUAAGACUAAGACUAAGAAGCACAACGCGCCGGCCCCAGCACCAGAGCUACUUGGUCCACCGGCGCCACCUGCCGAAGCCCCCGGACCGAACCAGGACGCGUUCUCGCCUGGUCCGUCAUUGGCCGAUGAGAGCGGAGCACUGUCGACGAUGAGGAGCGUGCAGGAGGCUGUAGCUGGGUUGGUAUUGGGAUUGUCUCUCCUCCUUGGUUUGUGCCUUUAAUUUAUUACAUGAUUUAAAAGGGAUCUUAUUCGGUUUGGAGUACUGUCGGUUUGAUGUGGAGUUUGGGAUUUGAUGUACGUAGAUCAUCGAUCGUCUGUUUCUAUUAUAUUCUUUUUGGGUGAGUAAACUCUUGUAGUUUUCUAUUGACUACUACUUCAUUACUUUUGUGUUGAUUUAUUACUGUUGGAGAGCA